AAAGUCCAGAAGUUUUAUUGUUAACUCUGUCACAUGAAGGAGGUCAGUCAGUGUGGUUCAGUGUGUAAAUAAAGAGCACAGACCCCCCUGUCAUCACUGCAUCACUGACCUGCCUGAUACCUAAAAAACACUUCACGGGACUGCUGCUUCUCUGUAUCUGUGAGCAUCCAUCUCCCACCAGACGUUUAUUAGCUUUUGUCAUGAAGACUCUACUGAUCCUCUCUGUUAUCCUCUGUGUUGCUCCGUCCAUCAGGGCUGCAACAGUUGGUCUAGCUGCGGCUGCUGCAGUACAACAGGAAGACAAACCUGCACCAAAACCAGAGGUGGAUGCUGACACUGCUGUUGCUGCUGGCAGAGCAGCUGUUCUAUCUCAAGCUCGUUUUCAUUUCUGCCUUGAUGGUUGGUUUAGUUUCCGUGGUAACUGCUACUUCUUAGCCAACCAUGCUGAUACCUGGAGAAAUGCUGAGAGCUUCUGUGCUGGCUUCGAUGGCAGUCUGGCCUCAGUCCACAAUAUCUGGGAGUAUAAUUUCCUCCAGCGUAUGGUCAAGACUGGUGGUCACACUUUCGCCUGGAUUGGAGGUUACUACUUCCAGGGUGACUGGAGAUGGGAAGAUGGCUCAGUGUUUGGCUAUCACAAUUGGGAAACAGUGAGUUCCACUGACCAUUACCAGUGCCUACUGCUCAACUCUCAAGAGUCCAAGGGCUGGUCCAAUCAUGGCUGCAGCAUCCGCUUCCCAUUCGUCUGUGAGCUGAGGUCAAACUGCUAGUCAUCACAGUGUGUGUAGUGUUACUGCUGACUUGUACAGCUGCUGUUUGUUCUUUAUAAGACUACAUGUCACUGUCAUGCUUAUACAUGCUGGACCAAAAGCAUGCAUAUGUAACACCAAUCUCAGCACAAAUGAAUCCACGUCAAUAUAAAGGGGGUUUUGUUGUUGUUGUUGUUGUUGUUUUGUUUUAUAUAUAUAUAUAUAUAUAUUGUUUUUUGCAAACAGCAGUUUGGAAUGUAAGGCAGUUGUAUAGGUUGUGGUUGGUGUUUGUAUUUCUUUGCUAGUUUAUCUGCCUAAAGAGUGUAAUUGACUAUCUAUUCUUAAACAAUUAAAAAAACCUUAUUUGUGA